UCCCCCGUUGGCAGAGAGCGAAACAAACAUGGCGAUAGACUCGAGUGGACGGUGGUUCACGCUAACUUUAUUCGUGUUUUCUUGUGUUUUUGCGGGCAGCCAGGCUGAGGCGGCGGUUUCAGAGUCGAGAAGCGCCACUCAGAUACUCGGCAUGAGGCUGGAAAGGAGCGACAGACCCGCUGCGACCACCAAGACGGGGGUUAUUCAGGUGACCGAGGGCAGCGACAUCCUCUUCAGGUUCUACGGGCUCCACUUGUUCCCAAACAGCUCGGAGCUCAUCAGGUUCAUGGAACUGUACUCCAGUGACAAAGAGGACGAUGAUACCGGCUCAGUCGUGGUCUCCUUCAAUAGGACUUGUCCCGAACACACGAAGGAUAUAGCGGUGAAGGGGCCCAUGGAGGUGAGCAACCAGAACACCUCCGGGGUGGUCAGCCUCAGCAUCAAGCAGCUCCGUAAGAGCGAAGUGGUCAAAGUGUUCGGCGUGUGCGUCCGCGACACGCAGGAGCAGAGGUGGAACCUGCUGGACGAUAAGGACGGCAGGCUGCGGGUGGUGGAGGAGAAGAAGUCCCUGUUGCCCAUUUGGCUGCAGGUGAUCCUCAUCUCCUUCCUGCUGGUGCUGUCCGGCAUGUUCAGCGGACUCAACCUGGGGCUGAUGGCGCUGGACCCGAUGGAGCUGCGCAUCGUGCAGAGCUGUGGCACCGAGAAGGAGAAGAAGUACGCGCGGAAGAUCGAGCCCAUUCGCAGGAAAGGCAACUACCUGCUGUGCUCACUGCUCCUGGGGAACGUCCUGGUCAACACCACCCUCACCAUCCUGCUGGACGACCUGAUCGGCUCGGGGCUGGGCGCAGUGGUGGCCUCCACCAUCGGCAUCGUGAUCUUUGGUGAGAUCGUCCCACAGGCGCUGUGCUCCCGGCACGGUCUGGCAGUCGGAGCCAACACCAUCCUGGUCACCAAGUUGUUCAUGCUGUUGACCUUCCCCCUCUCCUGGCCCAUCAGCAAGAUCCUGGACUGCGUGCUGGGCCAGGAGAUCGGCACCGUGUACAACCGUGAGAAGCUGGUGGAGAUGUUAAAGGUCACAGAGCCCUACAAUGACCUGGUGAAAGAAGAGCUCAACAUGAUCCAAGGGGCGCUGGAGCUCAGGACCAAAACAGUGGAGGAUGUCAUGACCCCAAUCAACAACUGCUUCAUGAUCCACAGCGACGCCGUGCUGGACUUCAACACCAUGUCUGAGAUCAUGGAGAGCGGAUACACCAGGAUACCUGUGUACGAGGGCGAGCGCUCCAACAUCGUGGACAUCCUCUUCGUCAAGGACCUGGCCUUCGUGGACCCGGACGACUGCACCACUCUGAAGACCAUCACCAAGUUCUACAACCACCCAGUCCACUUUGUGUUCCAUGACACCAAGUUGGACUCCAUGCUGGAGGAGUUCAAGAAAGGAAAAUCCCACCUGGCAAUUGUGCAGAAGGUGAACAACGAGGGGGAGGGAGAUCCUUUCUACGAAGUCCUGGGGUUGGUCACUCUGGAGGACGUAAUCGAAGAAAUAAUUAAAUCAGAGAUUCUGGAUGAAUCAGACCUUUACACCGAUAACCGCACCAGGAAAAAGGUGGCGCCCAAUAAGAACAAGAGAGACUUCUCUGCCUUCAAACACGAGAGUGAAUCAAAAGUGAAGAUCUCUCCUCAGCUGCUGCUGGCUGCCCAUCGCUUCCUGGCUACAGAGGUGAGCUUGUUCAGCCCAUCUCAGAUCUCAGACAAGGUGCUGCUGCGAAUCCUGCGGCAUCCUGACGUGAUCCAGGAGAUCAAGUUCAACGACAGCGACAAGCGCUCGCUCCACCACUACGUCUACCAGAGGGGGAAACCUGUCGACUACUUCAUCCUCAUCCUGCAGGGUCGAGUGGAGGUGGAGGCUGGAAACGAGAACAUGAAGUUUGAGACCGGACCUUUCUCGUUCUAUGGUGUCAUGGCGCUCAGUGCUCCCACUCUGGUGGCUGCACCUCGUCCUCGCCUCCUCUCCUUUAAGAGGUUUUCUCUGUUCUCUCGGUUGCCAGGUAAAACAGUUUCCUAUGACUCACUGAGGCCCCCUGCUGGAAGACUGACACCUACUGAGUUUCGUUCACCGUCCCACCUCAGCGGCUUGAACCGAACAGCCUCCCUGAGCGGAGCCGACCGCACCGAGUCGCUCUCCGUCAGCGGCAGCAACAGCCAGCUCAACAACAGCAUCCCCUCGCAGCAGUACACACCCGACUUCUACGUCCGAGCCCUCACAGACCUGCAGUUUGUCAAGAUCACCCGGGCUCAGUACCAGAACGGCCUGAUGGCGUCCCGUCUGGACAGCACGCCUCAGUCCCCCGAGAGCGGCCACAACGCCACCCGCCUGGAUCAGACGACUCCCCCCGCCACCGCCAACACCACCAUCACGGACAUGGCGGCCGACUCCACCCCGACGGAGAACGGGCCCGACGAGACGACGCUCCUCCUCCUCAACGAGCAGAACUCGCCGCACACGGCCAACCACCACCACAGCCAGCUGGAGAACAGCGUUUGACCCCGACCCCAUCCUCCGCUCUCCUGCGUCUGCGCACAUGCACUACUGCGCUCGGACGCACGCCGAGGAGGGGAGGAUUGCGUGUCGGUGAGUUAGCGCGAGGGAGCGGGAAUGCAGACGCGAGGCCCGGAGAGACAAGCCAUGUGCGCGCAUAUAAUGUACAUAUGCAAGGAUUAAGCAAAACACACACACACCAAAGUAUACACUGAUGAGCCAGAACAUUAAAACCACGCACGGAUGAAGCGUCGAUUAAGUCGUACUAGCGGUGCACGUAGAGGUUUGGAAGUGAUGCAUGACAAGAAAAAGCUGUCCAAGGAGGGACAAACCAGCAGAUAGUUCCAAUUAGCAUCUUCCAGGACUUAGAAGAUUUUUGGUGCGCCUUCAGGAGUCUGUGCAGUGUUAGGCAGGGGUGGCCAUAGUGUUUUUCCUCAUCAGUGUACUUACACGUACCAAAGUGUAUUGUGGAAGCUCGCCACAUCCACUUCUCCACCAUGAACAGACCCACUGCAAACCCGGCAACCACCUGUUAUACUUCACCGACAGAGAGCGUCAUCCGUGCGUCUGUUUGCACGCGCUUCUCCACGUAUCCAUGACGACAAACAUCCAAAGGACCACAGAGCACCUCCUUUCGGAAGGCGUUUCCUGAUUUGAGUUGCGUGUCGCUUUCUGAUUCACGCCUCCACCCCCCAAUCAAGAGACUCAGGAAGACUCCGCCCUCCUCACCCUCCAUUCUCCUCCCCACCUUUUUUUUUUUCCUCCAGAUGUACAUACAUGCAAGCGCGGUCGAAAAAAGCCGCGAACCGAACCCGCAUGUGUAGCAGCCUGCGUCCCCCUCCACCGCAUCCAUGCAGCUAGAAGACAAAGAGUACCCGAGCAUGUCAGCAGAGUUCAAACAAAGUAAUAUAUGUUCCGUAGAAAUUUAUAGUCGCAUAUUUAUUGAUGAAAUGUGUGUGAGACGGACACACAAGACUCCUACUGACUCUUGUUUUGGUGGGGUGGGGGGGUGGAUAUAUAGAUAUAUAUAUAUAUAUAUAUGUGUGUGUGUGUGUUUAUAUACGAGGAUGCUUCGAAAACUUCUCGGCCUCACCAGAAACCGUCACAGGAGGUGUUGUUGCUCAACAGUCUCUCUCAAGAAGGUCACAUCUUGAGCCUCCAGAUAGUCCUCUGCACCAUGCAAGACAUCUUCUUCCUAUUGAAAACAGUGAACACAUAUAUCCGAUUUCAGUUUGGGAAGCCGACAGAAGUCAGACUGUGCAGGUCAGGUGAAUAAGGUGCACUGGGCAACAGUUCAGCUCUAAAAUUUCUUCUUCAAACAUCAGAUUUUUUUGUUGACAGCAAUUUAAGGCUUUACAGUAUACGGUAAUGCCCCGAAAUGGGAGGCCAAGAACUCGUUUUGAAGCAUCCUCGUAUAUAUGUGCAUAUAAUAUAUAUAUACACAACUUCUUGUGCCCUGCAUAGAAACAGUGAGUAGCCCAGAGCCUUUAUCUCAGAGUUGUUAAGAGAUUCACCGCUGAUAGACAGUCAGUCUGUAUCGUGAUUAAGACAAUCAAUAUGAAUAUAAUGAAUGUGUUAAAUGUGUAGGGUACGUUAACUGCGACCGCUCUGCUCUCAAACUGCCGUCUCUCUCUAUGAAAUCUUUAGCUGUCAUCCUGAAACCGUGGUGGGCAGUUUUUUUUUUGUUCUUGUUGAUUUUGUUUUUAACCUGAAUCAGUUUUCACAGAGAUGACGGCGUUUGAGAGCAACGAGACUUGACAAGUCCUUUCCUGCUUUAUGUGAGAGGGUGGGUAGUCUGUGUGUGUGUGUGUGUGUGUGUGUGUGUGUGUGUGUGUGUGUGUGUGCGUGUGUGUAUAUGUGUGUGUGUGUGUGUGUGAGACCAAAAAUGGCCAUCACCUGACUCGGUGGGAACAGAAACCAAAAGAGGGAAACUUGAUCACCUCCUGACUAGAAAAUACUUUAACAAAUCUGAGACUUUAUUUAUUCAGUUCAAUGUUUGUGUAUAUGUUUUUGUCGACGUAGGGGCAAGAAAUGUAAUUUUAAUUUGCCUCGUGAUGAGAUUUUACUUGUUAAAUGUUUCGUUGUGGUUAUGUUAUCUGGGAGAAGGGGGUCACUCUAACAUAGUGAACGGCAAACUUUGACAUUUGUAUUUCUGUCGCCAAACACACCGCUCAGCCCUGGCAUCAGCCAAAUUUUGUCAGUUUUGUGAGUUUUUAUACGUUAUCAUAGAGCUGCAUACACUCCAGUUAUAUUUUACUGUACCUUCAGAUGAGUUUUUAGAAGAAAAGUCUGUCCUAACAAUUAAACACUUUGCGUCUUGUGUUGGACUUUUCUUUGCUUGAUAUCUAGCAGAGUCACAGUGGUGUUUUUAUUUAGUUUAUUUUAGUGAAAAGUAAAACCGCAUCAGGUUUUUGCUUUUAAAAUCAAAGAGAAAGAGCUGCUUUUGAAACACCAGUGUUGGUUUGAUUUGCACACUAAUGACUGCAUGUACCGGAAUGCAAACACGCCCAACAGAACAUUUAGUUUUUUAAGUGCAUUGCGUUGCUCUCAAUUUUGUCUGUCUUCGUUGCUGCUCUGUUAGCAUGUUGUUUUUCCACUGAAGACAUACGAAUCACAGGUGACUCCAGUGACCUUCUCUCUAAGUGAUAUGGAAAGGUAUUCUUGGAAUUGUGGGUGAAGGAAAAUGGAUAUUGACACAAAUAAUCACAAAUUGGGUAUAUCGGAGUGUUUGAAGGUGGAUUGUUUUUUUGUUUUUUUACCGCUGCAGCAUCAAAAUAUCAAUCGGCACAGCUGAUAUGUUUUCAAAUCGCUUCAUUUCUCUUCUGUCAGUGAACGAACACUGUGAAACUUUGUGAAAAUAGAACUACUGACGCGCCUGUGUAGCUGUAGCGAAACAUCUGCUCAGCUUGUCAUUAUUCUCCAACCGCAACAGGACUCCUCCGUACGGAAAAGAGGAAAUACGAAGCACUUUUAUUCAGAUUUUUAACAUGAAUCGGGAACCAAAGCAUGAGGAAAUGUUGAUUUACUUUGUUUUUGAAGCUGAUGUUUUCAAGUUUCAUGAAUCUCUUUCAUACUUGGGGAAAGCCUAAAUGUCACAAGUUUUUUGGAAAAGGCCAAGAAAAUUCACUCACAGAUACAUUUAGUUGAUUUAACUGCACAAAGACAAAGAGGAAUUGUUGAGUCCCUUGAUGUCACAUGAAUUUCUACACAAGAAAAAAACAGAUAUAUCCUUGUUAUAUUUGGAUCUGAGCUGACAGAAAGCCAGGUUUGCAGCUGUUUGAGCUGAGCUGAUUUGUCUUUUACACCUGGUUUGUUGUUUCUCUAUAGAACCUGUGACUGUUUCCGUGCCGCCAUGUAGCACAGCGUUGCCUUAAAACCCUCAAGUUUGAGUCCAGCUCCCCUGAUCCCUUUAAGUGCACAGCGGCACUGUCCAGUUUAUGAUUUUUAAAUGUUCAGUGUGGAGAUUCACAACACUAAAAUCACUACAGACUGGAAUUUUAACGUUGUUAUCGGUUGAGUUAAAACUCAGUGGUUGAAGCGAAGGAUACAGAUAUUUCAGAGCCAAAAUUAGAUGAUAGAGAGCAGCAAAUAAAGAUGAAAAUGAACCUAAAAUGACCCCGUUUGUGGUGUCAGUGAUAGUAGUGCUGUUGCCAGUUUAGAAUUUUCUACUGUCAUGUCGGUUGUUUUUAUGAUAGAAGCAACCAACGUAAAACUAAUGCAAAAUUUAAAAGAAAGUCGUUUUCAGAGCUAUUGCUCAGUAUUUUUAGCAGCAGAUUUUUUGAAGCUCGGAACAAAUACAGGUUUAAUACUAAAGCUUAAAUCAGGAGCUGAAUGCACAACUUUAUUCUGAAAAGCAGCAACAUUUUUCUUAAAUCUCACUUCAUGUCACCGUCUCCUUCAGACCCUGAGCCAAUAUUUCUGCUCCAACUGAGUCAGUGUAGUCUGAGAAAAUACUCCUGUGAAAACAUUGCAUUAUUUCAUGCAGUUUGUGGACAUUUCUGAACGCAUUGAAAUACCUUAUACAAUAGAUGUUUGCAUGCCGAGGUGAUCAGCUGGAGCUAACACUGACCAAUGCUAUUGGAAUAUAUUGUCGUUACAUCCUGACAGAGUAGUCAUAUCAACUAACUAUUCACCUUUGCACACCAGUUUAGCCUAUAAUGUCCAGAAAACACCAGCGAUAUGUUUAAAAUUUUAAGCGAAAAUCCCCGUGAGUAAAAGCAUUCCACCUGCUGAUGUUUAAUUCAUCCCGUAACGUUACUUCUGCUUUUAAGAAAUGUUCCUUUCCUGUCUUUUUAAUGAAAACUCACCACCGUUCCCCACUAAAACAGCUCAUCUGUGAUGAAAAAUAGCAGCACUUUAGUUGGAAAAACAGUAUUUUCCCACUUUGAGAUAACUUUGGCAAAAUUUGCUCAGCUGCUCUGUUGCAACGCCGUUAUUGGCCGAGAUUUCAUAACCGGGUCUUUGCCGGCUCCUUAUCAUGAUGCAGCGCUUUUUCUUUGAAUUUCACUGUGACGUCUGAAAAAGCGUGAGCAGCUCCUGGCUCACCGUUCUGUUGCCUUCGCUGUCUUUUAAUGACUGUGCUGGAAUUCUUUUGUGUUCAUUCCUGUUAUUUUUAAGAAACACUCACACUUCCAUUUCAAAUGACUGUUUUUGUAGGUUUUUAUGGUUGUUGAAAUGUGUUUUGUUUAUACCUGUGUACAUGUUGGAGUGCCCCCCGCCACCACCGCCUGCUUUAAAUCGUACUGGGUUUGGGUUCAUUAUGGUGUGUGUGAAUGUGUGUGUGAGUGCCUGUGAAUCGAUUCUGUUUUGUUUUUUGGGUUUUUUUUGUACUUCAGAAUACUGUCAGUAGUCGUGAUAAACAACAAUCUUUUCUUUUUUUUAUUCGUCAUGAGUUUCAUUUGGGAACAGAGCGAAUGGAGCGACUGGCAUUUGGGGAAAAAUAAACUGAUUGUCCUUCAUUCUCUCUGGCAUGCUUUAACUUAAAGAGAAAAAUCAGAGAAACAAGGUGUAAAUACUGUUUUAUAAUUUCUGUCUUAAUGAGUUUUGAAGAUGAUGAAAGUUAUUAAUAAACCUGAGAUAUAUUUCUCUAUGGA